AUGAGCGGCUACACACGCAACGAAGUGAUUGAGGCUGUGCGCUCCUUCUAUACUUUCCUGGCGGGCCUCCCGCGCCUAUCGGCUGACGACAUCUUGGAUCCGCCGGAACAGGGAUGGCCUGAUCUGACAGACGCGUAUCUGGCUGCUCUGGGGAAGACACCGGUCGUGUGCGAUCUCCUACGACACCUCCCGUACAUUCGUCCCAACGGGCAAAACAAUCAGCAGAUUGCACCGUGGACGACAGCUACGAAUUACACCGACUCCACUACUCGAUGGACGCUAAACAGAGGCCUCAUCGAUGGCAAUCUGGCUCCAAUCGGCGCCGGGGAUGUACCGCCACACGUGGCCGUCUUGACGUCUGGGAGCGCGAUCACGGAUUUCAUCCAACAGGAGCGCCCUGAGCGGUCUGAGCCGGCGCAAGACAGCCCAGACGCGUGGCGCGCCUACCACACCAGGCCAGCAGAGGAGUUUUUCGAAGAGUGGAAGGACAAGUACCGCACGUUGGAGUGGGCACCCUUGAUCGAGAACGCCGACGAUGGCGUUGUAAUUAGCUACGAUGCUGGUUCCGAGGAGGUUCGCCAGAUAUACCGUGAUCACGGCUGGCCGGAUAGAUUCGAUCGCGCAGCAUGUGCCGAUGCGAUUCGGCGGUGGGAAGGGAACACCUCAAACUAUGAGCUGUAA